AUGAUAGGAUUAAAUAACUUUGUUUUAAAAUCUAUCAUAUUAUUAUUAACUUGUAUUUAUUUAAUUAAUUUAAUCACAGUUAGCAAUGGAUAUAUUAUUAAAGAUGUUUCUCAAGAAGGCACUCUUUAUAAAUCAUACCCAACGUUGGAAGGUCUUUGCUAUUUCAUUCUCGAUUUUCUUUGUAUAGAAAAGAAUCUUGGUGAUGAUUGUAAUCAAGUAAAAUUUCCAGACUCUAGUGUUCAAUCAUCCCAACUACAAACUACAUUAAAAACAAGUAAUUCAACAAUUUGGAGUUAUAUGUUAGUAAUAGAAAUAGGUAAAAACACAAUUUAUAUUGAAACUCCUCAAGAUACUAAUUUUUUACCAAUUAAUGUCGAAUGUUUAGAUCAAGGUGUAGAUUUAACUAAUGCACAGUUGACAUUAAUAAAUGACAAAUAUUUUUUUCAACCAAAUAAUAAUCAAGGUCACACUAUUAUGGGGGAAUAUAAAUUGACAGGAGUAGUAAUACAAGAUUUAACAACAACAAACUUUGAAAUAUCUUUAACUGCUUCUUUAAGUAUUUUUUGUAAAAUAAAUCAAAAAAGUUCUUCACCAAUAUUCCUAAUUCAAUGUUCUAGAUAUAUUCCUCAAGGGAACAAUCAAACAGCAAAUAUGAUUAUCCUCAAGUCAUAUAAUCAAAGAAAAGAUUUUGUAAUAUCAUUUGAUAAAAUUUUUCAAAAUUAUUUUUAUAGUAUUUCAAAUAUUAAAACCUAUCCAAAUUCUUUAGUAAAUUUACAAUUGUUUGGUUUAGGUGAAACAGCAAUUUUAUCAUUUAAAACAAAUACAACAGCUGACAUUGGUUACUUUUUGUUAUAUUCAAAUAAUAAUCUAGUAAAUAAAGGUUUAUAUUAUCCAAUUUAUAGUGAUGAUACUGGAACUACCUUUUUAUCACCAUUAUCUAUAGAAUAUAAUACAGAUAUAGCUUAUGACCUUUUUUAUCAAAGUGGGCUUAAAGAAUACCAAGCCUCAGAGCCUGAUCAAAUCGUUGGUAAUAUUAUUCAAUAUGAUACACAAAAAUUACCUUCACCACAAUUGGAUUUUAGUUAUCCUUACACCGAUCCAAUCUUGGGUUGGAGUUUUUCUGGUUUAAGAGGGAAAGACUUAACUCCAAUUGAGUUUUAUUUUAAUCCUAAUUCAGAGACAAAGGUUUUAUCCAGUGGCUUUCCAUUUGGAUAUAUUUGGUCAUCACCUAGUAUUUAUACUUUUCAGUUUAACUCUUUGUUAAAGAAAAAGUAUAAAAACCCAGCACUUUUAGCUUUUGCCUUAAAGUCUCAAAUUGAAACAACAUUAACAUCCAUAUUAUGUCCUCCACAAGAUACAUUUGUGUAUGAUAAUUCUCUUGCACCAAAAAUCUAUAAAACCGAAAAGUAUCAUUUAAAAUAUGACGAAUUUAUAUUAAGAGUUUAUGCUGAAACUCCAUACCAGUUUAGUCAUUUCAUCAGUGAGGAAAAUCAACUUAUUGGCAUAGAGUCUUUAGUUAGCGGGGAUACAUAUAAUAGCAUUUAUGAAAUCAAAAAUUUUAAUAGUUUUUCUUUGGUCGAUCAAGUUUCAUCAAGUGUUCAAUUUUCAAAAGGAGGUAUAUUAUAUGUAGAUUAUACUAAUAAUCAAGUCGUUAGAAAUUAUGAAGAUCCUUUCGUUCCAAAUUUUGAUAUCAAUGCGAUUAAACUUGUAUCAUUUUUAUACAAUGAUUUGGAUGUUACAUACCAUAGACAAUACAAUGUGCUUUAUUUUAAUUAUAGUGAUAUUGUACCAAGAGAAUGUCCAUUCAGAAUGAACCAGGUUACAAAUGGUGCAAAUUCAUUAAAUGCUAAAACCUUUGUAUCUACAUGGAAUCAAACUUUAAAAUUAUUUCAAAUCGAGUUUUAUGUCGAAGCAAAUUCAGAGACAGGCAUUUAUCAAUUCUCAUUAAGUAAAGAUAAUGGUCCAUUUGAUUUAUUCUAUAGUCACGCAUUACCCACUCAACUAAGAAUUAAAAAAUCAAUAUUGGAUAAUCAAGGACCAAUAUUUAAUGAAGUUUCUCCAAUCACAUAUCCUGAUAUUGUUCCAGGUAGUUUAGGUUCAUUUGGGUGGUCAAUAACAAUAGAGGAUUCAAUUAAUGGUUUCGAUUAUGGCUAUAUUGUAAUAAAGGGAACGAUUGAUCAAUCAAUCUAUAAUAUUACAUUUAGCACAAAAGAUUUGGAUUUGGGCGAUAAAUAUUUAGGUAUAUAUAAUUUUAAAAUUAUGGCUUGGUACCCAUGCAUUUCUCAAGAUUAUAUAAUUAGCGAAGUUAAAUUGUUUGAUAGAGGAAAUAGAAUGUCAUUUUUCUCUAUUCUUUUGCCGCCAUCAAGUGAUAAAUACUUGGCAUGCACCAAUCCAUUUAUAAAAUUUUUAGAUAAACCAAAAAUAAAUUCAUAUACUAUGACUUGUCAGCCUGACCCAAUUGCAUCACAAGAUACUACACCGCCCGAAUUAACCUCAUUCGUUCUAAGCUCAAAGGUUUUUCAAGUUGGAGCACCAGUAAAUUUUUCAAUAUCUUUCACUGCAACCGAUCUUGAAAGUGGGGUUAAAAACGAUGUAAAGCCAAAAGUCUACAUUUCCAAUUCAAACAAUCAAAUACUAGAGUACGAAUCAGAGAUUGUUGAAGUUUUGGGUAAAACAAUUUCAUAUCGUUGCGUAGUAUCCCCACGGAUCGGUUUUGGUUUCCCUGGUUCAGUUUUAAUUUCAGUUUAUGGUUUCAUCAAUAAUAAUGGUUUAUUUAGUGGGUAUUCAACUAAAAAUUUAACAGAUUUAAACUAUGAUUCAGUUAUUCCUACAGCUUUCGUAAUUGUUCCACUAAUAACAGGACAUAUGUUAAUAACAGAGAAAGGUGGCGAUUUAUGGCUUUAUGGUAGAGGUUUAGAUAUAGCAAGCUUAGCAUCAGUUACUAUUGAAGGAACAGAAGAAUCUAUAGUACCAACUAAAACUUACUUCUCUGCCGUAUUGAUUCAAGGUAUCAAACCAACUAAAAAACCAUUUAAGGUUAACCUUUUCGUUCCUUAUGCAAUAAAUGAAAUAGUUGUGACACCUGAAGUUUAUGAUUCCUAUAUAAUAGAUUGUAAUAACAAUGGAGUCCUCGGAGAAAAUAGUAAAUGUAAUUGUAAUAGUAAAUGGACAAGUUUGGAUAUUAGAUAUCAAUGUUUAGUUCCAAAUCAUUAUAUAUCAUCAUCAACACAAGUAUCACAUUUAACUGGUGGUGAAAUUACAUUAAGUGGUUGGUUUGGUCAAGAGAAUACAGAACCAAAACUUUAUAUUGACAACAAAGAAAUUAAAAUGACAUCUACAGCUAUUUCAUCAGACUCAUUCAAGGUAACCAUCGGUCCAGGUAGUGUAGGUCCAAUUCAAGUCAACUAUACUCAAAAUAGUAUCUUAUGGAGCGGUAUUAUAUAUCCAUAUUUAGUUAUUGAAAAACAAUGUCCAUUAAAAUGUGAAGAACAUGGCACAUGCAACAAAGUAACAGGUACAUGCAGUUGUAAUUCAGGUUAUACAGGUUUCGAUUGUUCAUCACCAGUAAAUAACAACAAUAACGGAACUGAAACACAUGUGGAUAAUAAUGGCACAACAAUUAUUAAGAAUCAAGAUAUAGGAUAUUCAAUUUCAAUUGAUUCAAUUAUCGAAUUAGACUUUACAGGUAAUUCAAUAUCAACACUAAAUCUCACAAACAAUUGGAUAUUUGUAAAUAAAAUUGGAACAGUCACAACAUUCAAUCAAACCAGAGAUAAUGAAGAUAAAACACAGGCAUUAGUAAUAUUAGCUAUCGAAGAGGUUAACGAUAGAGACAAAGAUUUUACAUUUGCAGGUAAUGAAUUUACAGUAACCAAAGGAGGUCUCAAAAUGUCACUAUCAGUUUCUAAUUGGUUAUACAAGAGCAAUUUAAAUACACUGCAAGUACAAAUGUCAUCUGAAAUAUCUGAUAUUCAAUCUAAUAACUGUUACAAAGAUGAAAGAACUUCAACUAUAGAAUCACAAUCAAAUAAUAAUAAUUUAAUAGAUAAUAUUAAUUAUUUAAAAAUCACCAAAAAUGGAAAUAUAUUAUAUUCAAGAUUCCAAGACAAAAUGCUAUCAGACAACAGACCAACAACAGUAACAGCUAAAAUAUUAUCAAAAGACAAAACAUCAGUAAAAAUUGCACUAAACCUACCACAUUGCGAUGAAUGCUUAAUCGAUCCCGACUUUUCAUUAUUGAUCACACCAGAUUAUAAAACUGACUGUAAAUCAUCAAAGAAAUGGGUAAUCGCAGUGGCCGUAGUUUUUGGCGUUGUAGGUUUGGCUAUAUUUUCAAUCGUCUUAUAUUUAAUUUAUAAAAAGAGCACAUUUUUAAAAAUCAAAGUUUAUGCAUUUAGAAAAAUAUUUACAAAAUAA